GCAACGUCGACGGCCACGGCAACGGCAACGGCGACGACGAUAUUAUAUUUAAACAUGUGCCUCACGCACGCACCAACAGUUGCCACACUAUAGAGCUAGCCAGAGAGACCGACCAUGGCGGACGGAGGCGUGUGGGUGUUCCGGAAGGACGGGGUGAUGGAGCUGGAGAGCGCGGCCGGGUCGACGUCGAGCCGGAGCGGGCCGGGGAACAAGGCGCUGGUGUACGUGCCGGCGAACGAGACGAUGCGGUCGCUGCAGGCGCUGGAGCAGCGCCUCGGCGCGCACGGCUGGGAGCGCUACUACGAGAACCGCGACGUCGUGCAGCUCCACCGCCGCGACGGCAGCCUCGACCUCAUCUCGCUCCCGCGGAACUUUGCGCAGCUCCGCUCCACCCACAUGUACGACGUCGUCGUCAAGAACCGAGGCCACUUCAAGGUCGUCGACCUCUAACAUCUGCUAGUAGUCUAGUACUAGUAUACUCACGUACGCACCCACUGCUUUCCCGGUCAGUUAAGCUUGCAACCUUAAGCUCUGUGUGUAUGUUAAUUCACUAUACGUCUGGUAUAUCGUUGUGAGUAUACUAAUAAUAUAUUUCUUGUAUGUGUAUGGUAUUUUCCGAGUUCGUGCCCGUCUCAAGUACUAGAGGUGACAAGCUAUACUCGUGUUAUUUUAAAAGAGACAAGCUACUCGUUUUGAUUGAA